AUGGGUGGGGAUGGGGAUGGGGAUGGGGAUGGGGAUGGGGAUGGGGAUGGGGAUGGGGAUGGGGAUGGGGAUGGGGAUGGGGAUGGGGAUGGGGAUGGGGAUGGGGAUGGGGAUGGGGAUGGGGAUGGGGAUGGGGAUGGGGAUGGGGAUGGGGAUGGGGAUGGGGAUGGGGAUGGGGAUGGGGAUGGGGAUGGGGAUGGGGAUGGGGAUGGGGAUGGGGAUGGGGAUGGGGAUGGGGAUGGGGAUGGGGAUGGGGAUGGGGAUGGGGAUGGGGAUGGGGAUGGGGAUGGGGAUGGGGAUGGGGAUGGGGAUGGGGACAGGGGUAUGGAUGGACGACACAUGAAUACAAGGGAGGGUAUGUGUGGGAUUGGCACUGAGGCGGGUGAGUGCAUCGUUGGGGAAGAGAAACUCAGGCCCAUUGUCGGUGCGACUGGGGAAGUCGGGCUAGAGCUUCCCCACCGCCCUCCGCGCACCUGCAAUCCUUCAGUCUCCGCGGAGCCAAGCGAGCCCUCAGGAGCAUCGUCAGAUUGUUUCCCCUCUCCCCGAGACCGCGCGGCUCUCGCGGACGUUGUUCCGCCGCUUCCUGGUCAGCUCCACCGCCACGAGUCCGCGCCGUCCGCGCUUUCUGCCUUCGCCUGGUCCGCUCCGCGCGGAUAUCUCCGCCGCGACUCCGCGGACUUGCGUUGGCAGCAACCCCGCUGGUGGAACGCGCUGACUGCACUGACUGCGCGGAUCCGCUUAUCUGCUUUCGCGCGGGAUCUGGCGGAAGGGGAAGCGGAGGAAUCGGAGCAGGAGUUGGGUGCGGUGAAGAUGGGCGAGCCGUGGGAUUGGCGGAAGGAAUUUGAAGAGGAGGAGCUAGCUUCGCAGCAAGUCGCGGGGGGAUCCGCGCUCCUGGGGCUCGGGUUAGGCGGACUUACUGGCGCAAUCGGCGGAACCGGCGGAACCGGCGGAGCUAGCGGCCCUCCCGGGCGGAGAAAGUCGUCGUGGCGGGACUUGGCGGAAGCUUUGGCGGAAGCCUCGCGGAAGGUGCAGGAGAAGGUGCGGGAGUUCCGCAGCAGGGGGGGUGCGGCGGGGGAUUUCUUCCGCGUGGGCAGCUGGCUCGCGCUCGCGGGGGCGGGCGGCGGAGAGACGGACGAAUGGGUGAAGCGCGUGGGAUGCCAGGUGUGCAGUGCGGUGAUGGGGAGUGGAAGGGCACGGGCGGCAGUGGUGGCGCUGCUGAAAGCAGCUAUGGAGCUCAUCACUCGCACCCUGGCGCAGCAGAGGGAGCUGCAGGGCAGGGAGCAGCAGGUGGGGGGGGAGGCGGAUGGGGGAGGCAUGGACGGGUGGUUCUGGGGAAGGGCGUAUCCGGGGGCGUUUGAGGCGCUGCUGACCAUGCUCACGCUGCUGCACCGAUACGCCAUCACUGCUGCCAUCCAGGACGUGCAGCUCUCCGCUAAGGCCUCUGGACUCGACGACGGGCUACCCCACCCUCCUCAUGCGGCUCUCUCACCUGCCGCCACGUCAGCAUCCCUCGCACCACGUGGCGCGCCGACAGCUGCCAGCGUGGUGGGUGCCAGGCUGGCGGACAGUGACAUGGCGCUGUUCCUGCUGCUGUUCCAGAUCAUCGGCGCCGUGCGCUUCUUUGCCCCACCUGAGGCUGUUGGCUGCGCCGCUUUUUCUGUGUUGCUGGAGGAUCAGGCUGUUGGCUGUGCUGCUUUCUAUCUGCCGCUGGAGGACCAGGUGGGUGCUGGAGGGUGGUGGCAGGCAGGUGAGGAUGGCGAGGUGAGGAUGGAGGGUGGAGGAGCAGGUGAGCAGUGGACGCGGUCACGCGUAGGGUCUACUCCAUCCUCCGCCACACCAUCCUCUACUCGUUUCUCCCUCUGCUCCUCCCCCACCCACCCGUUUCUCUCCCUCCAACUCCCAUGCUUUCAGCUGCGCCAUCUAUUCGACCACCUUCUAAGAGCAGCGGACAUUGACGAUGUCUACCUCCAUGCAGUGAGGGCGGGACUGCGCACCGAGUUCCUCUCGCACUUCGGGCAGCGCGCGGGCGGGCACCUGAACUUUCGCGUGCUGCCCGGCGAGCGCCGCUUCUGGGUGCAACUGGUGGAGCGGCAGCUGCGGGCAGCUCUGGUCCGGGAGAAAAUUUUCGAGGAUUGGGGGGAGGGGGAGGGGGAGUGGGGGGGCGCGGGGGAGGGGGAAGGGGAGAGCUUGAAAGCUGAGCUGGCGGUGUUUGGAUUCUUCGUGGCUCUUGGGCGGGCGACUCGGCUGUUCCUCCAAUCAGAGGGCGCCAGCGAGGCGGAUGAGGGGCUGGCGACGCUGCUGACCCAUUUCGAGGGAGCAAUCAUCUUCACCUUCCCCCAGCUCGACAACAUAUCCAAGUACCAGGGGCUUGUGGAGGUCCUAAGAGAAGAGCUUGCAUGGCUGCCGCUGCUCCCCCCCCUCUCCUCCAAGCGCCACCCUGACGUUGACCCCUCCUCCCUCUCGCCACUCUCGGCACAGCGGCAGCGGCACCGGCAUCGGCGGAGGCGGCGCAGAGCGGUGCUGGUGGGUAAGGAGGUGUGCGGCAUGUGGGCGAGGGAUUGGGAGCGGCACUCGAGUUGGCUGCUGCAGCAGCCUGAUUCGCGAGCCGCUGCUUUCAUGGCCCAGGGCAUGGUUCUUUUGGGGCUGUGCCUGGAGCCAUCAACCAAGCACCACGUGGCCGCAGAAGCGCCUGGCGUGCUGGUCCCCUCUUCUGAUUCUGAUUCUUCAGAUGAGGUUGGGAGGCGUUUAGAGGGGUCGGGAGCGGUGGAGAUGGGCGAGAUGGAGGAGGUGGAGCGGGAGGCAAGGGAGAGGGAGGAGGCGAGGAGGCGGUUGGAGAAGGAACUGAGAGGACUCAAGCACUGUCGGCUGGAGAAGGAACUGAGCGGGCUGAAAGUUGUAUGGGCUGAAGGUCAUGGAGCGGGAACUCAAGGCGCUGAACCAGGUGAGGUGCUCAUGGUUGGUUUGGCUGUCUAUGUGUGCGUGGGUGAGCACUGUCGGCUGGAGAAGGAACUGAGCGGGCUGAAAGUUGUAUGGGCUGAAGGUCAUGGAGCGGGAACUCAAGGUGCUGAACCAGGUCAUGGAGCGGGAACUCAAGGCGCUGAACCAGGUGAGGUGCUCAUGGUUGGUUUGGCUGUCUAUGUGUGCGUGGGUGAGCACUGUCGGCUGGAGAAGGAACUGAGCGGGCUGAAAGUUGUAUGGGCUGAAGGUCAUGGAGCGGGAACUCAAGGCGCUGAACCAGGUGAGGUGCUCAUGGUUGGUUUGGCUGUCUAUGUGUGCGUGGGUGAGCACUGUCGGCUGGAGAAGGAACUGAGCGGGCUGAAAGUUGUAUGGGCUGAAGGUCAUGGAGCGGGAACUCAAGGCGCUGAACCAGGUGAGGUGCUCAUGGUUGGUUUGGCUGUCUAUGUGUGCGUGGGUGAGCACUGUCGGCUGGAGAAGGAACUGAGCGGGCUGAAAGUUGUAUGGGCUGAAGGUCAUGGAGUUGGAACUCAAGGCGCUGAACCAGGUGAGGUGCUCAUGGUUGGUUUGGCUGUCUAUGUGUGCGUGGGUGAGCACUUUCGGCUGGAGAAGGAACUGAGCGGGCUGAAAGUUGUAUGGGCUGAAGGUCAUGGAGCGGGAACUCAAGGCGCUGAACCAGGUGAGGUGCUCAUGGUUGGUUUGGCUGUCUAUGUGUGCGUGGGUGAGCACUGUCGGCUGGAGAAGGAACUGAGCGGGCUGAAAGUUGUAUGGGCUGAAGGUCAUGGAGCGGGAACUCAAGGCGCUGAACCAGGUGAGGUGCUCAUGGUUGGUUUGGCUGUCUAUGUGUGCGUGGGUGAGCACUGUCGGCUGGAGAAGGAACUGAGCGGGCUGAAAGUUGUAUGGGCUGAAGGUCAUGGAGCGGGAACUCAAGGCGCUGAACCAGGUGAGGUGCUCAUGGUUGGUUUGGCUGUCUAUGUGUGCGUGGGUGAGCACUGUCGGCUGGAGAAGGAACUGAGCGGGCUGAAAGUUGUAUGGGCUGAAGGUCAUGGAGCGGGAACUCAAGGCGCUGAACCAGGUGACGUGCUCAUGGUUGGUUUGGCUGUCUAUGUGUGCGUGGGUGAGCACUGUCGGCUGGAGAAGGAACUGAGCGGGCUGAAAGUUGUAUGGGCUGAAGGUCAUGGAGCGGGAACUCAAGGCGCUGAACCAGGUGACGUGCUCAUGGUUGGUUUGGCUGUCUAUGUGUGCGUGGGUGAGCACUGUCGGCUGGAGAAGGAACUGAGCGGGCUGAAAGUUGUAUGGGCUGAAGGUCAUGGAGCGGGAACUCAAGGCGCUGAACCAGCCGCUGGGAUGGCAGGCAAGGGUGCAGUGGACACAGCAGCCGAAAGAGAAGGGGCAGGGGAAAGAGCAGAGGAGGGGGCUAGGGGAGAGAGGACAGGGGGCAAGGGUGAAGGGGCAGAGGAAGGAAGGGGAGACGGGGAAGUAGGGGUGGGAGCGAAGUCGGCACAGAAACACGUCGCGCGUUCGACAGAAGCAGGUUCCAUGGAAGGGAGAGCUGCAGGGGCGGGCUGGGUGAAAGGGAAGGCAGGGGGGGCGGGGACGAGUGAGCGAUUGGCGUUGGUGCGCGUGGAGUGGGAGAGGCUGGUACGGGUGAGGGAGGAGAUCAGAGCGUUGGAGAGACGGCUGAAGAUGAAAGCAGCAGUUCAGGAGGAGAGGGUGCGACGGCAGCAGGAGGAGGUGGGGGAGAAGGUGAGUCGGCAGAGGAGGCAGGCAGCAGCACGGGAGAUGGAGAAGCAGAUGGAGCAGCAGCAGCAGCAACAACAACAGCACAGACACCCAAGGACUCAUAGCAUGGGAUUCCUGGGCACACUCGGGGACCUCUUCUCCUUCUCACCCUCCCCCAAUCCUUCCAACGCCAACGCCAGCACCACUACCAGCAGCACCACCACCACUGACACCACAGCCACUAUCGCCUCUAUAGUUGGUGCUUACGAUGACCCUCUAGCUCCCCAUUACUCCUCCCUCCACAAGAGCCAAUCGUCUCACGACACGUCAGCCCUCGCUGACUCACCCUUCCCCUCCUACCUCACCUCUGCUUUCCUCUCUGCCAAUCCUCCUGCUCCCGCCACCUCUGCUGCUGCUACCGCCCCUGCCGCCCCUGGUGCACGCUCCGGACGCAGUUAUUUCUUCCAGCUGCCCGGACAAGCUGCCCAGGAAGACUCAUCGCUUCUGUCCAAAAUUGAGGGGGAGGAGGCAGAUGGGGAGGAGGAGGGGGGGGACGGUAGCAGAAGCAGGGGAGGGAGCACAGAGGGGCGAGGAAAUGCAGGGAGAAGAGGGAGGUUGGAAGAGAUGGAGAGGGAUAUGAGUGGGUCAGGCGUGCAGGGAACGCGGGCUGAGUAUGAUGACGAUGAUUUCUCCCCCUUCCAAUCAUGCACACCCACGUCAGCACCAGCAACAGCUGCUGCUGGUAGCAGCGAGGCAAGCAAAAGAGAUGGAACUGUUGGGUCUGAUGCCAACAGCUCGUGGGCAUUCAGGGAGGAGUUCUUUGACAGGAGUGCAUGGGCAGGCGCUGUAGAGGCCAAUGCAGGGGCCGGGUAUGGGGAUGGGGAUGGGAGACAUGCGGCAGUGAGCAUGGGAGGGUUGGGAGCAGAGGCUCGUAGGCUACAGCAGCUGAAGGUGCAGCUGAGGGAGCUGGAGGCGAGACUGCUGCAGAGAGGCGCUGACGUUGGUGCUGGUGCUGGCGAGGGGGAGAGGCAGGAGAAGAGCGUGAUUGACCAAUCUCUGGAGCACAUUCGAGAAGGCGGAGCGGAUGCGUGGCGAGGCACACAGCUUCUGAGCACAGACGUGGCGGUUGCAAUGAAGAUGCUGCAGCGGGCAGCACUCGGGCAGCCCCUGACUGACCGAGAAGCAAAAGUUCUGAAGCGGACGUUGACGGAUAUGGCAUCUGUGAUUCCCAUCGGCAUUCUCAUGCUCAUCCCGAUGACGCCUGUGGGGCACGCGGCAGUACUGGCAGCCAUUCAGAGAUACGCCCCGCAUCUUCGCAAUGCGAAUAACGCUGGCUGGCUCGGAAAUGGGCCUUCCUUCGGCCUCGUGCAAAGGGACAACCCUCAAGGUCCGCGGACAACUUCGACCCGUCACAGGCGGUCUUCUUCAACGUCGUGUCUCUCCUUUCCUGCCGCCGCAUUCACCGCUUCGCUCGCCGCGGUUUCACCCAUCAAUUCGCCAGGAAAGAGGUCGCCUUUUCAACCGACGACGCACCAAGCCUCUACUACACCACGUGGCCGCACCGCCCUCUCUGUAUCGGCGUUCGCGUCAUCGCGAUGUGCUGACGAGACUCUAGCCCAGCUUGAUUGCGGCAGCGCCACUGCAUUCGGUCAAUUUUCUCCGCGCGUCCACGCGACAAAUACAGAAUUGGGCGAGUUGUGUGCGACGCUCCGUCCGGCUGCGCUCUCCGUCGCUCGUCGCCGCCACCGUCGCACGCCGUCGGAUUCAAGCCUUCUUGGUGCAUCCUUCUGUGCGAGCGCUGUCCAUUCUCGCAUUGUCGCCGAAUCUGACCCUCAGUCUGUGUUGGAUGAGUUGACCGAGUCAACGCGGUCAAGCGACUCGACGGAGUCGCGAAGGUUGAACGAGUCAACGGUCGUGAGGCAGACCGAAACGACAUCGAAGCUGCCGCAGAACGGCUCAUCGCACCACCUUCCCUUGUCGGCGGUGCACGUUGACACCAAGAAUUUAUCUUCCCCUAAGUCUCAAUCAAUUCCGACGCCGGCGCAGCCAAUGCAGCCGAUGCGUGUACAGAUUCCGCAGACGCAAUUGUCCACUGAAGCGCAAGAGUUUACGCGGCCAUUCGCGCCGCCACAAUUGGUGGAGCGCGGAAGCCAUGCGCGAGCAAAUCAACCCACAUGCGCAGCAAACCACGGAGUCUGGGGGAAUGACGCCCCGCGUGUCUUCCUGCCCGCCGCGUCGCACAGUCGCAGCAACAGCGGAGAGAGCAGCGAGUGGGGGGAAGCGGCGGGCGGGGAGGACUUGGCGGAGCAAUACGAACUGAUGCGCGCGUCCUCAUCGUUUGACGACGCGCGCGCUUCUGCUGAGCUGGCAUGCGAUCCGAAGUGGAUGGAUGCGGCGCGGUGCAGAAUCAGCGAAGCGGCUUUGCGCGUCGUGGAGACGCAGCAGGUGUUGAUGGCGCUGGAUGAAGAAACGCGAUAUAGCAACUGCGAUAAUCGGGUCGCUCGCUCUAGUUUCUCAUACGAUCACCUAGCCACCAACGCAUCUACUACACCCCGCAAUGGUUUGCGAAUCUCGCUAGAUUCAUCAGCAACAGGGCCGUCGUUCAAUUGGGGACACCGCUGGUUCGCAUCGAAGCAGACGACACCUCCACCAUCGUCUCAAAUCUCAACCGCUGAUUGGAACGAUAUCGAUGCCACGAAUGAGAGCGGCUUUCCGUACCGAUACACUGCCCCCGCUGCAGCGCUGUCGGCUGGCGCUCAAUUGGAGAAGGGUGACAAUAACGGGAUGAGCAAGUCCCUGGAGCGGCGUGAAUUCUGCAAGCACAGAUCGUACCAGGAACCGCCAACUGUAGCGGUUCAGGCGCAACCCUCCCCCAGUGCCCUGCGCCGGAAUAUGUCCUUCCGCCAGUUGUCUUCCGCGUGGCACCGGAAAGACGGAUCCGCGUCAUCUACGCCGAGAGCCACCGUCAGUGACGGUUUUGGGACCCCCGAGAAUGGUGCCGGUGGUACCAAAGCAAUCCCUAAGGCGCACGCUGAGCAGUGCUAA